AUGCCACAGGUACCCGUAUUUCUGCAACUAUACGAUGCCGCUGGGGUUGUGCAUCAUCUUCAAAUUCGACGAGCAGAAGAUGCAUCUCCUCAUGUGGUUGCGUACUUGCCAGAUUCUUGGGACGAUCAGGCGAAGCCAAGCGCUUUUAAAGACCCCAAACACUCUACUGUUAUGAUCCGCACCUUCGCCAACUACCUUUCCAUCACCGUACUCCGAGGCAAUUUGGGGACAGUCAGUGUCCUCUCUUCUGAGGGAGAACUGUUUAACCUUCCCAUUUCUGCACUGCCUGAGAGAGAUUCUUUCAUUCUUCAGCAUGGAGCUCAGUUCGUUGCUCCUUGUGGUCGACUGGUCGUUCAAUUUUGCAACGAUGAUAUAGUCCAUAGCUCUACACGACCUCCACCUCUUCCCGAGCCGCCUCAUGAACAAUUACAGCCUACAGAAGCUAAGGAGGUCAAUAAGCCGAUAUCUGAGCAGGAAGACGGAAACCGCGACUCUGGAUAUAUAGAAGAGUCCAGAACAGCUGUGCAGUCAACAGGAAACGCAGUGGAUGAUGCUUAUACACCACUCAUCUCAGCAUUUUCUGAUGAGACGCUAGGGCGCAGUAAGUGCAAUUCAAACAUGACCGAAGACGACGAUCCAAUGCCGCCUACUAUUUCCGAUUCCCCACCAACCAAUGUUUUCCAGCGACCCGCCGGUGCUGAAUCUCAGAAUAUUCCUUUACCGAACCAAUUCAGUCGACUUACAGAAAUUGCUGACAGUCACUCACCUGAUAUUGUGGACGAACCAUCGGGGUCUACCGCUUUACACAACCCACAACCUAGAGAGCAGUCCAAGAUCAUGACAGAUAGGUCUCACGAACUACCACUCAUCUCAACGAUCGAGUUACAACCUGAGGCUACUGAAGAACCGGAGAAAGACGUCGAUAGCCACAGAAAGCUUAACGUUACACCUCCGCUUGCUCAAUCGCAGCCUAAAAACGAUAGACCUGACACCCACUUCAACGGCAAAGUCCCGCAGGUUGCGUCCUUCGCAGAAUCGGAUGCACAUGCGCUACAAGCUGAAGGAAAAGUAACAGUACCAGAGCCUUCUCCCAAGGAUGCCUCCAUGGAUCAAGCGAGUGAAGACGCGCAAGCAGUCCUUCAUAUCCCAAUCAGGCCACCUAUGAAUAGCGCACCGAAUCAGGUCUCUCAAGCAGUCUCACAUUCACUGCAACCCGAACAAAGUGUGCAGCACUCGUCUUCGAACACAGAUAUCUGCCGGUUUGCUUCCGUCGAUAGAUUCUCAAGUACUCUAUCUAACCAAUCUAAACAGCCAAGAAGUUUGUCUUUGGCACCAUCCGGAGCUGGAAUAUCGUCAAUCACUACUCAAUCUAGUUCGUCUCGAAAAAGACUAUCGACCGACCCAUCUAUACCUCGUGCAGACAAACGACCUAAGCUAAGUCGUGAGAAGGCUACGAAACUGAAGGAGUCACAGCCAUUGGCGAGAACGCAGCCAACUCACCAUAGACAGCCCGAGUCUCGCACUUCGAUCCAUGAAAACUCGAAUGAUAGCAUUAACAUCGAGGUAGAUACCGACACGAUUGUUGUGAACUCUAAGCCCAAACGCAGGGCCACGAGGCAACAGAGUCGAUCUCGGAGCUCAACUGCUUCGACGCAAUUACCCGCCCAACCAAAGAUUGUGUUAAGUAGCUUCAAUUCAAAAGCCAAGAACGAGGCUCUAAAGACCAUAAAGCGCCUACGGGGCCAGAUCAUUGAGGAUAUGUCAAAGGCAGAUGUGCUGUGUGUGCCGGAUGGCCAAAUCAAGAAAACUACAAAAUUCGUCCUUGCAAUCUUACUCGGAAAAGCAAUCGUCUCAGACAAAUGGGUGGGUGCUGCUCACGAUCAAACAUCUUUCCCGGACCCAGCAGCGUAUCUACCAAAGGACAAGGCGAGAGAAAGAGACUGGGGAUUUGAUCUAGCAGAAGUUACUCAGCGUAGCAGAAAUUCUGAGAGCCAGAGCUCGAAACUCCUCUCGGGCUAUAGCGUCUACAUCACUCCCGACCUUGGAGCCUCGCUUGGCACACCGAAAAGUGAUUUCAGGACUAUUGCUACGACUAUGGGUGCAAGCAAGGUGGGUAUGGGUAUUCCAGCUACCAGAACAAGUGCUGAGUCCGUACUGGUGCUCGCAGUUCCUGAUGAUCCACAUGCUGCUGAAAUCGGAAGACUCGGCCAUCCUAUCUACUACAAGGAUGUCUUGGUAAUGGCAGCACUGAGAGGCCGACUUGAGCUUGAUUCGGACGAAUUCAAGCUUGAUGUGCCGAUCAAGGAGGAGGCAGUGUCGCCAUAA